CACGCCAGCCGCACCAUGCCGCUUCUUAGUCAGAACAGCCUUGGCGGCUGCAGCAGCAAAAGUUCUAGGGUCGCCCUCCAUUGCUGUAGUAACCUGGGUCCGGGGCCUCGGUGGUGCUCCGAUGUCCCUCACCCACCCCUGAAGAUCCCAGGUGGGCGAGGGAACAGUCAGCGGGAUCACAGUCUUUCAGCUAGCGUCCUCUACUCUGACGAGCGGCUGAAUGUGACAGAGGAGCCAACGUCUAACGACAAGACCAGGGCCCUGAGCAUUCAGUCCACACUCAGGGAGACCAAGCAGGUCACCUGGAGGGCAGUGUGGAACGGUGGUGGCCUCUACAUCGAGCUCCCGGCUGGGACCCUGCCUGAGGGCAGCAAGGACAGUUUCACAGCUCUUCUGGAGUUCGCAGAGGAGCAGCUCCUGGCCGACCAUGUUUUCAUCUGCUUCCCCAAGAACCGUGAGGAUAGAGCCACCCUGCUCCGAACCUUCAGCUUUCUUGGCUUUGAGAUUGUGAGACCCGGGCAUCCCCUCGUCCCCAAGAGACCCAAUGCUUGCUUCAUGGUCUACACGCUGGAGAGAGAGGACCCAGGGAAGGAAGACGAGGUGCCAGCCCUGCCCAGUGUCCCUGUGCCCUCUCCCGGGUUUGUCCACAUGUCGUGAUUGUGCAGAAUAAACACUCACUCCAUUAGUGGGGUGCUUCUUCGAACUGAAUGCUGUGUUUGUCACACUCAAGUGUUGGCUCUAAUUCUAAAUAAAGGUUUCUAUUUUA